AUGAGUAUUCAGAAAACUAUCACGUUUUACCACAAGUCUUACACGUUCGCGACCAAGUCCACACUUCCAGAACGUUUCACGCAUCGAGACAAAAUGGACGAGAAAUGUCUGGAGAUUUUUGGAAGUCUGCUAAUGAACACAACGCUCAACAUUAAGCUGCAAUCUUCGGACGGAGAGGUAUUCAAUACAGACGCCCAAAUCGCACAAUGCUCUGGAACCAUCAAAACAGUGUUCCAGUAUUCCGAGUAUUCCAGUAUUCCGAUGAACUCGGAAUAUGACGAAAACAAUGAGAAACUUACCGACGACAUCAGCUCCUGGAAAGCCGAUUUUCUGAUGGUAGACCAAAGAACGCUGUUCGAGCGUAUUCUAGCCGUCAAAUAUUUGGAUGUCAAAGCAUUGGUGGACGCUACAUGCAAGACUGUUGCUAAUAUGAUCAAGUGGAAACCCUCGGAGGAGAUUGGAAAAUCAUUUAAUAUCAAGAACGACUUCACAUCAGCUGAGGAAGAAGGUGUAUGGAGAAUGGCUAGUGUGAGUAAAAGUGGAUUCCCGUAUUGA